AAAUACACGUAUGUGAUAUAUAUAAGUAUGUGUGCCUGCGCCAAAACUGCAAUGAAAUAUUCAACAUAAAUUUAUAUGGCGUAUAUUACCAACAACGUUGCUUAAUAUACGUUAUGUUUGGGCUCUGGAGCAACAACAACAACACGCCAGCAAAACAAGCAACAGGAGCUGCGCUGCCCGGCUCAUUAACGUCGCGGCUGAAAACUAAACUUACGCCAUUCCCAAACACACCAAAAUGAUGCAACUCAUCUGUCCAGUGAUUGGCUGGCUAAUCUGGUUGUUCUUCUACCUACACUGGCAGUUGCAGCUGCUCUGGCGUCGACUUCAUGCGCUGGUAUGCAGAUCAUGUGACUACUGGCAAUGUGACCAGCGUGAGCUAUUCAAGCGCGCGUCGCACGAGCUGGAAAAAUUGCCACAGCACUUGGUGCUAGUCAUAGCGCCAGACGAACGAUAUGUGGACGCAGCGCUGCUUAAAAACAUACUAAGCUAUGCCCUAAACAUAGGUAUUAAAUACUUGAGCAUCUAUGACACGCGUACAGCGCGCACAGGUCAUGUCGAGCUGUCCAAGUUAUGUGAGCCAACCAAGAGUAGAGCCAUGCUCUGGCCACCAAGUAAGCAAAAGGAACAAAACGGUAACUGCAAUGGCACAAGAAAUGGUUACGCCGGCAACGGUCUGCACCCCACACAGCUGCAGGUCUAUCAAAUCGGUCACGACGACUGCCAUGCGCUCAUAGCCGAUGUCUGUCGUGAGCUGUACGAGCAAAGCGCUGAAGCCAAGCAAAAGUUGUUACAGAAGCGUGAGACACUCACCGACGCCAUCAGCGCUGGGCUAAACAAGCGCCUGGAGUUCGCAGUGCCAGAGCCAGAGCUGGGCAUUGUAUUUGCCAAGCAAACAUGCACAUAUGGCUUACUGCCCUGGCACGUACGCUUCACCGAGUUCCAUACGCAUCACAGUGGCCGCUACUUUGGUGCCCGAACCUUUCUUCAGGUGCUCUAUAAAUACGCGCGUUGCGAGCAACGCUGGGGCAAAUAGUCAUAAGCUGUUGCAAUCAUCCAUAGUAUGUCCUAAUUUAUAUGAAAACGAAAAUACUUUAUAUUGUUAAGUGAGUGGAUCGCCAGUAAACGUAAUAACACGCUAGAAAUAUAAGCCAAAAGUGAAAGCAAAGCUCUGUUCGUUUUUCUGGAUUCCAAGUCCCAAACUACAGACUACAGCUCUCAUUUGAAUCGCCACUAGCUUGGGCAGCUUACCUCCGGAUUGGGUACAUCACUUGAAUUACACGCUAACGUCUGCCCGAUAUUAUUUACUAUCCAAAUGUCUUAUGAUUAUAGUUAUUGUAUAAAAUUAAAGCAAAAAUAUAUUUUUUGUUAUUCAAAAGCGAAAAGUAUUUGCGAAACUCAUGUAUGUAGUAGUAUGUGUGUAUAUAAAUUUGAGAUUUGUUGUCUAUAAAUAUUUUGUGUAUGUAAAUUCGCUGGCUUAGGCACUAGUGUUAU